AUAAAAGCACAACAAUGAAAUACAUAAAUUAACCCCAUAUGAAGUAUAUCCUUAAUCCAGGACGGAAAUUAGAAAGUGCUCGCUGAUCAGGCUAGCUAGAACUUAACUAUCGAUUGAGGAAAAUGGGACAAACAACAACAGCAGUAGUAGCAGUGAGAAUGGCGUUGCUUCUUGUGUUUGUAGGGUGGCUCUUUAUGUGGGUUAUGCUGCCUACAAAAACCUACAAGAAUUCAUGGACUCUCACCCUCUCCGAUCGUCUCAACUCUACUUAUUUUCGCGAACAAGGGACAAAUCUUGUACUUUUCUCAUUUCCGAUAAUGUUCUUGGCAUGUUUGGGCUGUGUGUACCUCCAUUUUCAGACCAACACGAGGCCUAAAAGUAAUUUUACCAGAAAAAGAUGGCUGGAUAUAUGGAGACGCCCCUUGAUUGUGAUGAAUCCUCUCGGGAUCGUGAGCACGAUGGAGCUCAUGUUUGGAGUCAUGUUCCUUGCGCUAUUAGGAUGGUCCCUAUACAAUUACUUGCAUGUUAGCUUCGGGCACCUUCAUAUGCACAGAGAAGGGGAGAAAGUGUGGCAAGCCAAGUUUCGUAGCGUAUGGUUGCGACUUGGGUAUAUUGGGAAUAUAACGUGGGCAUUUCUGUUUUUCCCGGUGACUCGUGGAUCAUCAAUCUUACGAUUGGUUGGACUGACAUCCGAGUCAAGUGUCAAGUAUCACAUAUGGCUCGGUCAUAUAUCUAUGGUUCUCUUCACUGCACAUAGCGUUGGGUUCGUUAUCUAUUGGGGUAUUACUGAUCAGAUGGUUUUGAUGAAGGAAUGGAGCAAAACUUACCUUUCAAAUGUAGCUGGAGAAAUCGCGUUUGCGCUUGCAUUGAUUAUGUGGGUGACAAGCAUCCCACGCGUCAGGCGAAAGAUGUUUGAGAUAUUCUUCUACACCCACCAAACCUACAUUCUAUACCUCUUCUUUUACAUCAUUCAUGUUGGGGUUGCCUACUUCUGCUUGAUCCUUCCUGGAAUUUUCCUCUUUCUUAUCGAUAGAUAUUUGAGAUUCUUACAAUCACGCAAAAGUGUUAGACUUAUUUCUGCCCGCAUCUUGCCUUGUGACGCCCUUGAGCUUAACUUCUCCAAGAUUACUGGAUUGGACUAUAAUCCAACAAGCAUCUUGUUUGUGAAUGUACCAUUGAUCUCCAAGUUGCAGUGGCAUCCCUUUACAGUGACUUCCAAUGCUAACACCGAGCCUGAUACGAUCAGCAUUGUGAUCAAGUGUCAAGGAACUUGGUCUCACAAGCUUUACCAACAGCUUUCUGGAUCUUCUAUCGAUCGUCUUCAAGCAUCACUUGAAGGACCCUAUGGACCUACUUCACCUCAUUUUCUAAGCUAUGAGAAUCUAGUAUUGAUCAGCGGAGGCAGUGGCAUCACCCCAUUCAUCUCCAUAAUUCGCGAGCUUAUUUUUCAAAUGACACGACAACAACAACAACCAGACAAAAACCACAGGAUCCCAUCAACUGUUCUCCUUGUUUGUGCCUUCAAAAACUCUGCAGACCUCUCUAUGCUCGAUUUCUUGCUGCCAUUAACAUCAAAUGGUUAUUCUUCGGAUAUUUCCCAAAUAAAUCUCCGUAUACAAGCUUAUAUCACUAGAGAAACCGAGCAACAGCAGCCCCUUGAAAACACCAAGAAACCUCUCCAAACCAUAUGGUUCAAACCAAACCCAUCUGACUCUCCCAUUUCAGCCCCACUCGGCCCCAACAGCUGGCUAUGGCUAUUUGCAAUAAUAUCAUCAGCCUUCAUUAUGUUUCUUGUUUUGUUGGGGAUUCUCAUCAGAUACCACAUCUACCCUAUAGAACUCUCUGGAGGACCUUCUGCCUACAAUUACACUUUCAAAACUCUAUGGGAUAUGCUCUUCGUCUGUGCUAGCGUUUUCUUGGCUACCAGUUUCGUGUUUCUAUGGCAAAAGAAGGACAACGACAAACGGGAAGCAGUAAAAGUGCAAAACUUGGAGCUCAGUGAAGGUGGGGAGAUUGAAAGCUUCUCUACUCAGUCUGUUACUGAAGCUACUGAGGUCCAUUUCGGCCACAGACCUGAUCUGAAGAGCAUACUAAUGGAGAACAACAAAAAAAGAACAGAUGUUGGAGUUUUGGUCUGCGGGCCAAGGAAAAUGAGACAUGAAGUUGCCAAGAUAUGCUCAUCAACAGUGGCUAAGAAUCUGCAUCUGGAAUCCAUGAGCUUUAACUGGUGAUUUUGAAAAGGUAUCAUGUGGCUUUUAUGUGUAUAAUACACUAAAGAUUGAUGAAAACAGCUUUUACUUGUUUUGUUUGUGAUUAACUGUAUUGUAAUGUUCAAUAAUACCAUGUUUUUUUAUUGUGGGAUUUUAAUGGUUGAUUCUCGCUUAUAUGUUAAGAGUAGAGAUCGAUCCCACGAUUAAAAGUAUAAACUAUGUGAUGUAUUUUUGUGUAUGACUAUUUGAGAAACGAUGCAUAAUUAUGGUAA